CGUCAAACAAAUGGAGUGCAUAAGAGAAAUGAAGUGCAAUAAUUCUGGCUAAAAUAUAAUUGUGAUUUAGUAGGCGGUAGAUGGGUUGGUCAGUCUUAUUCAGAAACUGUAUAAAUGAAAGGACAGUAAAGAGAGCAGAACAAACUCCUAACAGGAGGAGACUCACUCAUGGCCUAUGAGACAGAGGAUCAUGAGACUCAAUACUGCUUUCCUGCCAUCAACUCAUCAUGUAUCAAGGGAACACGCUCCAGACAUGAAUACAAUAUCAUGUAUGUGUUUUUUUCAUUGCUGUCAGUAUGGACUGUGUUUCUGAACCUGCUGGUGAUCAUCUCCAUCUCUCACUUCAAGAAGCUUCACACUCCAACAAACCUGCUCAUUCUCUCUCUGGCUUUGGCUGACCUUCUUGUUGGACUUGUUGUCAUGCCAAUAGAGGCCACCAGGCUAAUUGAGAUGUGUUGGUACUUUGGAGACACCUUCUGUGGACUGUUUAUGAUAAUCAUUGGAGUGCUCGGCUCAACAUCUCUUAGUAAUUUAGUUUUAAUUGCUGUUGAUCGUUAUGUGGCUGUGUGUCACCCUUUACUGUACCCACAGAAAAUAACAAUGACUAAAACUGCAAUAAGCAUCUGUCUAUACUGGUUUUGCUCCUCAGCUUAUAACACUGCCUUUGCAAUUAAUAAUAGAUAUUUUGACACUUCACUCAGAACAGACAUGUGUUAUGGAGAGUGUUCUGUUAUGAUGGGUUUUGCCUGGAUAGUCACUGAUCUGUUCUUGUCUUUUAUUCUUCCUUGUACCCUGAUCAUAACUUUAUAUUUGAGGAUUUUUUAUGUAGUACAUCAGCAAGUAAAAGCUAUAAACUCUCUGAUGAAGGGUGGUAAAUGUGUAAUGGAAGUUUCAGUGAGGAGAAAAUCUGAGCGCAAAGCUGCUCUGACAUUAGGAAUCAUUGUGACAGUUUAUAUGCUGUGCUGGAUUCCAUACUAUAUAUGUUUUAUAUCAGUAACCUCUUCCACAGCCAUAUAUUCUUUGACAUGGGUCGUGUAUGUUAGCUCAGGUCUGAAUCCUCUGGUCUAUGCUUUAUUUUAUCCCUGGUUUAAAAAGACAGUUAAACACAUCUUAACUCUGAAAAUAUUUCAGCCAGCAUCCUCUCUGGUCAAUAUUUUUACAGAACAUCAAUUCUAAUAAAAUAGGUAAAACUGUCACUCUGACAGCAAUUUCACAUAAACUCCAUUAUUGUUAUUAAGCCAUAAUGAUAGAUAAACAGUUUAUCUUUGUAAUUUAUAUGUAUCUAUAUGCUGUAUAAUUCUCACACUGAUGCAAUGCAAGUUUUGUCCAAAUUUAACAAUUAAGCAAAGUUCUUUUUACACAGUAAAAAAACUGACAAUGUUCAGUUGUUUCAUUAGGUUAUUGAGUAAAUUGAGCAAGAAUCACAAAUCUUAAAUCUACUGAAAUAGAUGAUAAAGGUAGAUAUUAUGUACUUCAUGCUUCACUUUCAUCAUUCAUUUUGAAACAUAUUAUGGUGGUUCAUCACAAAGUGAAUGAUAAAAUUGGCUUAUAACACUCAGAAUGUUAAAACAUCUGAAGCAGAGUAACUUUAAAUUCACCCAGGUCGGAGCUACAUACAAAAGAAUUAACAGUGGGGCCUAACAAUGAAAAUGUGACUUAAUGUAACUUUUCAAGCAAGUUGAUGUAAUGUUUACAGUAUGUUGUUUCAUAAAAAGUGAUGUGAAUAAAUUAAUGCCAUUCUGGACCUACUAAACAUCACCUAAGGAGAAUGAUGUAAUCAA